AUGUAAUACACAUAGACUCAACUAGAAACUAGUUUAACAAGUUUUAAAGAUAUAAGAAACAACUUAAAAGAUGAAUUUUAAGAUUAUCUACUACAAAGUAAUGUCAAAGAUUAAGAGACUCCUAAUAAUUUUGGAAUUAUUUUAAAGGAGUUAAAAAAUAAAAAUCAAUAAAAAUAAAAACAAAUAGCAUCAUAUACUCUUCCUGAUUUUUCACAAACAUCUACUUAUUCAUAAAAUGUAAAUGAUCAUAGAAUUACUUUUAGUAUUAGUUUUCACAAUCUUCAAAUGAAACAGAAAGAUUAACAAAAGAAUUAGAAGUUUAGAAAUCCUUAAUUUAAAGUGAAAUAGAACUUAAAAAGUCUAUUAAUUGUAUUAAAAAGUAAAUUUACCCUUUACAAGAUUAUUCAAAUCAAUUAUCUCUUUAAUAAAAGUAGGCUGAAACUGAAUGUAAAACAGCUGAAUCUGAAUCUGUAUGAAUAUUUAUUAAAUUAGAAAGAAUAGAAUUAAAAAAACUAUUUGCGAACUUUAAUCUUAAAUUACUAGAUUAAAAUUUUAGAGAUAAUAAUAUCGUGAUUUUAUUUAUGAAUAAAGUUUGAAAGUAGAACAAAAUCUGAAAUAAGAACAAAGUACUUUUGAACAAUAAAAUGAAGCAGUUGAAAAUUUAGUAUAAACUAUAGCAAAUUAAAAAGCAUAAAUUGAAGAAUUAAUAAAAUAAUAAUAUGAAAAAAUGGAAAAGAGUGAACAAUAAAGAAUAACAAUAUAAAAUUAUUAAACACUAACAAAACUAUAUGAAUUUUGUACUAAUUAGAUAGAAUAAUUAUUUAUAAAUGAUAACACUUAAGGAAUCAGUAGUGAAUCUGAAUCUUCAGGUAGAGAUGAUAUAAAUACUGAAUAAGAAGAUUCAGUUAUAACGAAUAAUAAUUUUUUUUAAACUCAAGUCUAACCAGUAUCUUAACCAAGAUCGAAAUAACGAAUACCAACACCAAAGAAAAAAAAGAAAGAAAAAAAGAAAUUAACUUAUCCUUAAUUGAUACAGAAAUUUUAGUAAUCAAAAGAAUUGCUUUCUAAAAUUAAAAAUGAUGUUGACAUUAACAUUAUGGAAUAAUUCAUUUUGAAUAAUUACUAAGAAUAAUCUGAAAUAUAAAGAUAAUUGGCAGAUCAACAUUAAGUUUUAUAAGAGUAAAAAGAUGAGUGUCAGCAUGAAAUUUAGAUACUUAAUGAUAAAGUAAACUUUUUAGGUUAUUCUAGUUAAAUUAAACAGAUGAUAUCAGAGAAAAGUUAGUAAGAUGUUAAGAACCAACAUCUGAAAAUUUUAAUUAAAAGAUUUUAACUCAUAAAAUUGCUUAUACUAGUAACGAAAAUGAAUUACAAAUCAUUAAAUAAACUGAUAAAUUGAUUAAACUAGAAGCUUUGUUUUUUACUUUGAAUACUAGAGCCAUGUCUCUUUUAAGAAGAAUAUGUUCAAUAUUAUAAAACAUAUAAUAAUUAAGUGAAAAAUUAGAUAAUCGAAUAAUUAAUAUAUAUUAAAAUGCUGUGCUUACUGUGGGUUUACUAAGGUAAAAUAAUGAGCUGGAUUUAAAUUAAUUUCCUAAAUUUAAAAAACUUUUAAAAGGAAACAAUCUUACUUUAAUUUACUGUGAUUAAUAAGUUUUUCAAGACUUUUGUGAAAAGCUAGAGAAUUACACUGAUGAAGAACUAUCUAGUAAUUUUUAAAUAUUGAUUGAAAUGUGCAUGAUUAGAAUAGCUAGUGAAACUUAAUGUAUUUAUGAAUAGAUAUCAACUAUUUGUAAUUGUCUUAGGGAUGAAGUUAGAAGACUAUGUAAUUAUGGAAGUUUGAGAUCAUUUAGAGAUUUAACAACCAUACCAUUAACAAAUUUAGCUGGAUCUUAUAAUGCUCCAACAAUGAGAAAAUUAAAAGAGUAAUCAGAUUCUAAAUAAUCAGAAAUAACAAGCAAGAAAUCAAUUGAUAAAUUUGAGUAAUAUUUUUAAUAUUAUUAGGAAAAAAUCAUUAUUAGCAGAAGAAUUUAAAUUUGUAAUUGAAUAAAAUGAAAAGAGUUUAAAUGAAGAUGAUAUAGAUGAAUUCUAUUAUUAAAUCAAGAAAGAAAUAGAAGCUAAACCAUCAACAAAAACUACUAGGAUUGAAACAGCAAAUUUAACAAAAACAACAUUAGUUUAUGAUUAACCUUAAAAAAAUAGAAUGACAGAAUUUUUUAGAUCGAACUCAAAAUUUUCUUAAUCAUUAAGAAGAAUUUAAUCAUGUAUAAUAUAUAUUAAAAUAUUAGAAGGACAAUUUAUAGAUGCUUAAUCUAAAAACUUCAAGUUGUUUUUGGAAAAAGAGUAAAAGCAUGUCGAAUUAUUAUCAAGAAUGAAUCGCACAGGUAGUACAUCAGCAUUUUAACCAACAACAUUAAGAUCUAAAUCUCAAGAAAAGACUCGAGUAUAAAAUAUAUUACCAAGAACCAUAAGUACAUCAUAAUAGUAGAGAUCAGGAAGAAAAAAAAUAGUUGCUUUACAACUUGAAAAAGAUAUGAAAAGACUAAAGGAUUAAGUAAGUAGAUUUACUAAAUUGAAGUUGAAUUGA